CUGUUGACUGCCAUCCAUUUCAUGAAGUAAACUAUCAAAAUGGGAAAUUUAAAGAUUCCACAAGAGGAUAUACAUAAACGAUUGUCUUUCUUAUAUCAGGCUGCAUAUCAAACCUUGAAGUCAAAGAAUAAUAAUGCUGGAUUGUGCAGAUACUACAUUAACACGCUAAAGCUGAUAGCGAGAAAGAAUUGUAUUGCACUACACCCCAACAUCAAACGAACAAUCUGCAAGAGAUGUAACAUGCUACUAGUUCCCGGCUUAUCCUCCCUUAUCAGAUUGAAACAUAAACGGCAGAAAAUGUCAACAAUAACUUGUACAGAAUGUGGAACAGUGAAACUGUAUGUAAAUGCCCAAGGCCAUAUACCAAAUAUUGACAAGCCAGAAAGUUGGCUGGAUGUAGUUAAAGAUGGGGUGUCUGUUAUGGGGAAUAGAAAGGGAAACAACCAGGGAAAGACUAAACAACAGACUAAAAGUAAACAAGAUUCUGAGACUAAACAACAGACAGAAAAUAAACAGGAGACUCAAGAUAAACAACAUGCACUAACAGAAUAUGUAGCAUCAGCAUUACAAGGGACAUGAAUGGAACAGAUUUGAACAGUUGGCAUUGCUGAAAAAAAGACUUUGAUGCUGAAACUGCUUGUUGGUCUUAAAAUUGAAUUUUAUGGAAUACAAAUAUACAAAAUUUGAUGUGUAUUUUCAUCAAGUAAUCACAGAUAUCAAAAGUUGUUUAGCUUAUUCUUUUCAUAUAAAGAUGUGUCAUUUUAUAUAAAGAUUAUUAUUUGCAUAUUAAAAGGCAUGUCAGCCUUUCACCCAAGAGGUUGUGGGUUUAAUUCCCACCAGUGAUACUUAUAACAGCCUCUCAAAAUGAAAACCAGUACUGGUUUCUACCCAGGAAACAGAUCCAGGAGUGAUUCUAUUAA